AUGCGUUUUCGAACUCAAAUAGCCAACGCGUCUAUCUUCUCCAAACUAACCGCCUCCCUCUCCUCCCUGGGAAAGGUAUGUUGGAUGCGUCUUGAAAAAGACUUCAUCCGCUUCACCAUCAUCCCCGACCAAGGCACGCAAGUAUGGGCUCAACUCCCCAUCGAUACCAUCUUCGAAGAAGAGUCUUACAUCUGUGAAUCCAACACCGGAGCAAUCAACCUCGAAGUCCCCAUCGGCGCACUCCACCGCGCCCUGCGCUCCGCCGUAUCCGCCAAACUAGCCAACCUCAGACUCACCAAAAAGGGCAACGUACCUCUCCUAGCACUAACUAUUCGCGCUACCUCCUGGACCACGACAUCCAAUGCCCUGGACAUCCCAGAAGCAACGACAACAACAGACCACUCCUCAUCCACCAUCGACAAUGCCACUGCCACUGCCAGACCAUCGGGCACUGGGCCCCGGGAACGCGAAACAGUAAUCACCCAGGAAAUCCCCAUUAAAGUACUCCACGAGUCCGCAGUCGAAGGACUCCACCAGCCACGCUGUCGGGAUCCAGAUGUAAAUAUCCUUCUUCCAAGCUUAAUCCAGUUGAAGAGCAUCUCGGAGCGUUUUACGAAAUUGGCUACGACUUCUUCCAAUAAAACAUCAACAGCAGCAGUAGGGGGAUCUACUUCAACAACACCAUCACUAUCAUCACCCAAGCUUGAACUCUCCGCUAACAUGCACGGCUCCCUCAAAGUAGCCGUCGGGACGGACGCAUUCCGGAUAUCGAGCGUCUGGACGGAUCUACUGAAUCCGAGUCUGGAUCCGGGGCAGCUGGGCGAUGGGAGAGAGUUGAAUCAGUUGCCGAGUGAGAGGAUGAGGGAGGUGCCGGCGGAUGAUGAGGCUGGGUGGGCGAAGGUCAGGAUUGAUGGGAAGGAUUGGAGUCGGAUUUUGAGUGUCGGCAGGUUGAAUCCGAGGGUUGUUGCUUCGUUUAUUCAUGAGACGGCUUUGGUGCUGUAUGUCUUCUUACCUGGGAGUUGGAAUGAGCAGGAUUCAUGUCUGACGGGGUUGAGGUGCUUAUCUACUAUGACUACCACAAAUAUAUAA